CUCAGUGUUGAUUUCGGUAGUGAUAGUUGCGCUUGUAGGGAUUGGUUUGAUUGCAGUGUUAGUAGUUGAUAUUUGUACUGUUAGGUCUUUUCUCAUAAUUGCUGCUUUUAUAGUUGCUUUGUGGAUUCCAAAAGGUGUAGCUAAUAGUUGGUUAACAAGUGUACAAGCAUGUGGUACUACAGUAAUUAGCGUUAGCAACGCUGUUAGUAGAGCUUUUCUUUUAGAUGGCCAGGUUAGAUUUGAGACUUGGAAGUCAAAAG